GGCCGCCUUCGUCUUUCAACUUCACCAUCACAACCCUGUCCCGUCCUUUCUUUCUUUGCAAAAAAAACGAACAGCUUUUUUUCUUUCAAUCUCUCUCUCCUCAUCAUUUUCUCUCUCUUUUCUUCUUUCUUCUUCAAAAAAGAAAAAUGGAACUUCUCAUGGGACUUCUGAGAAUUCAUGUCAACAGAGGAGUCAACCUCGCUAUUAGAGAUGUUGUAAGCAGUGAUCCUUACGUUGUCAUCAAAAUGGGCAAGCAGAAAUUGAAGACACGAGUGGUAAAUAAAUGCGUGAAUCCCGAGUGGAAUGAGGAUUUGACACUCUCAAUUGCAGAUCCAACACUUCCAAUUCAUCUUUUGGUGUAUGACAAGGACACAUUUUCCCUUGAUGACAAAAUGGGAGACGCCGAGUUUGAAAUUGGGCCAUUCAUAGAGGCCCUAAAGAUGCGUUUGGCAGGACUGCCAAGUGGAACAAUUAUCACGAAAGUCCAUCCAAGUAGACAAAACUGCCUCGCUGAAGAGAGUCGCAUUCUAUGGACUGAUGGCAAAUUGGUCCAAAACCUCUGUCUCCGACUCAGAAAUGUUGAGAGUGGUGAAAUUGAACUUCAAUUGGAGUGGAUUGACAUUCCUGGUUCAAGGGGUCUGUGAAAACCAAACAAAAAUUAAAAAACUAAAAAAUCCCCCAAGUUUCUGUUUCUGUCAAAUUUCUCUACAGAAAUAAGUUUUUAAGCAUCACAACCAUUUUGGACAAUCAAUAGGAGUUUACGCCUAUACAAACAUAUAUAUAUAUAUAUAUGUGUGUGUGUGUGUGUGUGUGUAUCCUGAUAGUCCAAUCCAGUUUUAUGCUUUGUAUGGUGUAUUAGGUAUUGAGUAACCAAUAGUGUGGAAAUAAGUCUUUUGUCUUUUGUCUUUUUUUUUUUU